AGAGAGAGAGAGAGAGAGCGACUCAUGGUGGGGUUGUUGGUACCAGCAGCAACAGCAGCUGAAGCACGUGGGACCAGCUUGGUGUGCCUCGCGUUCGGUAGUGCUCUCAGUAGUGCUCUCAGCUGCCCGUGGAGGAUCUCGCAUCUCCGGAUGUCCGUCGUGUCCUACGUGGACUCAGCGCGUCCGUCGCGGCCGUCGAGAAUGUGACCGGCUUCGUUCGUCGUCGCCGAGGACAUUGCGCGAGGAUCUGUCUGCCGAGUUGAGAGAAGCGUCUCAGCUCCGACUCAGAGGAGCCGGAGAGAAAAAAAAAGAAGAGAGAGAGAGAGAGAGAGAGAGAGAGGAAAAGAGAAAGAGAAAGAGAGAGAAAGGGACUGAGAGCCAAGCGAUGGCCCUGAAGAUACUGCUGGCGUGCUGGCUCAUCGCGACCACAGCGAGCCCGGCUCUAUCGUCGCCGGAGGAUCAUCAUCGAGUACCGUCGCGCGGCGACCACAGGGUUGUGUGGCCGGCUUGGUACCGCGAUAGACUGCUGCAUGCCAAGCACGAGCGCGUCUCGGAGGACGGGCGCGUCGUGCCGGAGACGAGCACCGCGAGAAGCCCGUGGACGUCGAGACCGCAGGUGAGCACUGCGGCCAGGUCGCAGUCACCGCAGCAGCCGCAGAGCACUCGGCGUCAUCACGUGGAGCAACGGACGCUGGAGCAGAAUCUCAGCAGCGUCGGUGCCGUGGUGAUGACGGAGCACGGCGGCACGAGGGCGAUCGCGUACGCGGGUUAUCACGGUAAUCACCGGCAUCAAGCGAGGGAGGCCGUCACGCAGAGUUAUCAGCUGAUCCCAACUACAGCGCCGACGUACACGAGACAUCAUCCGGGGAGGCGAGUGUGCACCAGGCAAGCGCCAGCGACUUCUCAUCAUCAUCGAGGAAGACAAAUUAGAUUAAUCCUCGGCUACACCGAGCUGACCCCAGGCUUCUUCUGCUGCCCGGGAUGGUCGCAAAUCACCCAUCUGAGUUUCGGUUGUAACAAACCCACGUGUCUGGUGCCGUGCCUGAACGGCGGAAUUUGCACGUCGCCCGGCAAGUGCACGUGUCCCAAGGGAUACGUUGGCAACCAGUGCCAAACAGACGUGGACGAAUGCGCGACGGAAAAACCGUGCGGUCAACUUUGCACGAAUCUACCUGGCAGCUAUCGAUGUCACUGCAGGGUUGGCUUUCAACUUCAGCAGGACGGCCAGUCGUGUCGAAGGAAUGACACGACAGACGAGAACGCGUUUGAGGCGCGCGACUUGGAGAGUGAUUUUCACGACAACGAGUCGACAACGAGAGGCCCGACGACUUCUUCUCAUGAUACAGAAAACGAAGUGGGCGACGAUGUUCAAGACUACGAGAUCAUCUUGAAAAGACUGACAAAAUUGGAAAAGCAAGUGGCCAGGAGUAGGAAGAGAGACACGGAGACUUCGGAGAUGAACACCAAAGUCACACUAGCCGUCGAGAGCGUCAACGAGAUGAGGAGAACCGUCGAGAACGUGCAACUGAUGCAACAGGAGGUGUACGACAUGAGAAGCAAGAUGAAGCAGUACGAGGCGGAAAUGAGGAAGAUACAGCACCUGAUGAACCGCGUCGCGGAACUCGAGAGUCGGCUGAGAAUACGCUGCAGAUCGACGAUGCCAAUUAGCGGGCCGUUAAAUUUUUAGUACCACGCGUCUAGUAACUACGGUCGAUCUUUGAUACUGAUAGCGGGUAGGGAUAAUAUUACCCGCUACCUUGCUCUGUACCGUGGUAGUAGAUCGUCGGUGUGUUACUACUACUACUACUACUACUACUACUACUACUCUUCCAUCUAGUAUUAAUAGUAGAUAACGAUAGUAUUAUUUUUACGUUAUUAUUUUACGAGUGUUACGCGUGAAUAACGACAGUCUUGAAGUCCGCGUCUUAAACUCGGGAUAAUCAACGUCGCACUUAGAGAUGUGCAAAUAAAAAGAUGUGUACAUUCGUGGAACGUGGAACAUUCGUCCGGGUAUUUUCGACCUACGGAUGAUCUUAAUCUCACGGUGCUGACGUAAUUCUAGCCAUAAGAUUCACGAGGAGGUAUCCUCUCGUGAAACAACAACAUCACUGCCAUCACUUAGCGUUUGUUAUAUUUCAGGCUCGUAAUAUUGCGGUAGUUUAAUAUAAUUGUCGAGUGCUAGGAGGACUCGGCACGAGAAUACAAAUUAUAAGUGCGAUUAUGUCGCAAAACAAGAGGCACGCGAUCGUGCCUCUUGGCACUCAAACAGUUACAGUUAAUACUAUACGUGACUAUUUGUACUCAGCUUUGUAAUAAAAAGAUACGGAAUCUGCAUUUCUCAAUCA